AUGAGUGAUAGACAACCUCUGUUAAACGUUUCCAGUAGGUUGUCCAUUGGUGAUAAUGAGGAUGAUAAUGGGAACAAGAAACAACCUUUAAGCAACAGUUUUUCUGAUUGGCGACAAUGUUUCACAAGAAAAGAAAACGAUGGUAAAUAUAUCAAAUUAGAUGAAGAUACUGAACAUACUGGCAAAGAUCAAGUAGUUGGUAUUCUUCAAUUAUUUCGGUUUGCAAAUCGUAUCGAUGUGGUCCUGAUGGUUAUUACUAUAUGUUUGGCAGUGCUACAUGUGAUUUGCAUGCUCACUAACUUAAUUAUUUUCGGUCGACUUACAGGAAUAUUUGCUAUUGAAUCAUUUGGUAAUAAUUGUAGUGAUCAACAUUCAGCUUCAAUAGCUCUAAUUAAUAACAACAAAAUAUACACUCAAGGCAUCGACUUAAACAUAUGGAACAAUGCUCUGUUACAUAAAUUGUCCGAUAAUAUCGAUGCAGUUUUGUUAUCAACCUUACCUACAUCAAUAUCUUCAUUUCAAGAAGAAGUUAUGCACAUGGUUCACUGGCUAUUCAUUACUGCUGGUGUCCAAUUUCUGGCUAGCUCGACUGCAUAUUUCAUUUGGGUUAUAACUGUGAAACGACAGAUAUCUCGUAUGAGUAUUUCUCUCUUUCGAUCACUUGUUCAACGUAAUAUUACUUAUAUCGAUACCAAGCCAACUGGCCAACUCAAUACUAAACUAUUUGAAAAUAUUGCAAAAAUCGAUAAAGGCAUUGGUUAUGAACUCUUAACCUUGGUGGCAAUGAUAUUCAUCGUCAUUGGUGCUUUAAUAGCAUCUUUCAUUAUCAACUGGAAAUUAACUUUGAUCAUGCUAUGUUUAAUGUCUUUAGUCAUUGGUAGUUCAUUUAUGUUUUCUAAGCUCAUCGCUAAAGAAGCAAGAAAUGAGUUAAAAACAUACUGGAAAGCAGGACAAAUCGCUCAAGAAGUGUUUAGUUCACUGCGAACUGUUCUUUCUCUCAAUGGUAGCAAAUUUGAGCGAAAACGAUAUGAAAGAGAAUUGUACACAACUCAUUGGAGUAGUAUACGCCAAGGUGCAAUUUUUGGAGUUUUUACUGGGUGGCUAUCUCUGAUAUCCUACCUAGUAUAUACAGUCGGCUUUAUCUUUGGUUCUCUUCUUAUGGGAAAUAAUCUUCAUCAUACUUUGACUAUUAGUGAUAUUCUUGUUAUCGUCUCUAUCUUUGCACGAUGUAUGGGUUACUUCAAUUUUGUUGGUCCUUUCUUUCAAUCACUUUCAGAAGCUCAAGGUGCAGCAUCAGCAGUAUUUCAACUUAUUGAUGAGAGUAAUGAUACAAGUAUCAAUGAAACAGAUGUAUGGAAAGAGAAUAUAGAAUCGAUUCAUAAUAUCAAUGGGGAUGUUGAAUUUGACAAUGUUAAUUUUAUUUAUCCAUCUCGAAAAGAAGCACCAGUUUUGCAUAACCUUUCUCUCAUUGCUCGUGCUGGUCAGACAACUGCUCUUGUAGGUUCAAGUGGUUCUGGAAAAAGUACAUGUAUAUCAAUGCUUCUUCGUUAUUAUGAACCUUCAUCAGGUCGAAUUACAAUUGAAGGUCGGCCAAUAACAGACUAUAAUGUUCAACAACUUCGACAAAACAUUGGAAUUGUUAGUCAAGAACCCAUUCUGUUUGGUACAAGUAUUUAUGAAAAUAUUCGUUUUGGUAAAGUAAAUGCAACACGAACAGAAAUUGAACAAGCAGCACAAGAAGCAAAUGCACAUCAUUUCAUCAUGCAAUUACCAGAUAAAUAUGAAACACUGGUUGGUGAACGUGGUAUACAGUUGAGUGGUGGUGAAAAACAACGUAUUGCAUUAGCUCGUGCUCUUGUCAAAAAUCCUACACUCCUUUUACUGGAUGAAGCGACAAGUGCACUUGAUAAUGUUAGUGAAAAGCUUGUUCAAGAAGCACUCGAUAGAGCAUGCAAAGGUCGUACAACUAUUGUGGUUGCUCAUCGUUUAACUACAAUUCAAAAUGCUCAUCAAAUAUAUGUAUUAGAUAAUGGAAGUGUAAUUGAACAAGGUACACAUGAAACAUUGAUGGCAAAAGAAGGAGGCAAAUAUCAAACAAUGGUCAAAAGUCAACGUAUGGAAAAAAUUGAUGAUGAUAAAGAUGGCAUAUUGAGUAUACAAAAAGCAACAGAAGAGGAAGAAAAGUCAAUAUUUGAACGCUCUCGUUCAUUAAGCGACAGUCAAAUGGUCGAUCUGAACAAACAAACUUCAAAGUCGUUUAUGCAUAGAUUCGUCGUUUUAAGACUAUUGUCAAUGAGUAGUCCUGAAUGGAUCACAAUUUUGAUUGCUUCUAUAGCAUGUAUACUGAAUGGAGGAGCUCAACCAUUGUUUGCAUUUUUACUUGCCCGAAUAAUCAAUCAAUUCAAAUAUUGUUCAAAUUCUGAACGACGUCAUCAUGUGUUGAUUAGCAGUUUAAUGUUUUUAUUUUUGGGUAUUAUUUUAUUUAUUCUUCGUUUCUUUCAAUAUACAGCGUUUGCCAUAGCAGGAUCAAAAUUGACGCAACGUAUUCGUUCGAAAGCCUUUGCAUGUCUACUUCGUCAAGAAGUUGCUUAUUUUGAUCGACCUGAAAAUAGUUCUGGUGCGAUCUGUGUUCGACUUUCUUCUGAUGCAUCAGCAAUUAAAGAUAUCACCGGUUCACGAUUUGGAGCCAUCUGUGAAUCUAUCGCACUAUCAUUUUUUGGAAUUCUCUUUGGAUGUCUCUUGAGUUGGCAACUAACAUUGAUCGUUUUUUGUGCUGUUUUUAUUCAAUGUACAGUCACCUAUGUGGAUAUGUCCCUACGUAUACGGCUAAAUAAACAAUCUCGUCAAAUAAGUGGACGAGCAAGUACACUUGCCGUUGAAGUUAUCCACAAUUUGCGUACAAUAAAACAGUUGCCAAUAGAAAAGGAAGUGUUAAGACAAUAUUCUCUACUUAUUCAUGACCUAUUUAUAUCUUCUUGGAAACGUGCGGUGCCACAUUCAGUGUCAUAUGGUAUAUUCUGGUCACUAGAUACAUGCACUAUGGCAUUUGUGUAUUGGCGUGCUCUCAUCCUUGUCGAAAACAACAAGCUCACUUCUGAUCAUAUUAUAAUGGUGUUUUCUUUUGCUAUUUUUUCGCUACACGCACUAAGACUCAUCGGAAUGAUGUCUAGGCGUCUCGCAGAAUCAGUCUCAUCUGCUGAAGCAUUUUUUGAUUUAUUUGAUCGAAAACCAGCUAUUGAUAAUGCAUCUACUGAAGGACAAGAAUUGGCGGAUUUUCGUGGAGAGAUAAAAUUUGAUCAAGUCAAAUUUAUCUAUCCAACUCGAUCAACAUCUAUUGUUCUUAACAAAUUUCAAUGGAAUAUCAAGCCAGGUCAACGUGUGGCUCUUGUUGGUACAUCCGGAUGCGGAAAAUCAACAAUUAUUCAAUUGCUGGAACGAUUCUAUGAUGUUACAAGUGGUCGAAUACUUCUUGAUGGUAUCAAUAUUCGACGAUUAAACCUUCAGUGGGUUCGUUCUCAUAUUGGCCUUGUUAGUCAAGAACCAAUUUUAUUCGAUUUAACAAUUGCUGAAAAUAUUGCAUAUGGAUUAGAAAAUGUUCCAAUGGAAGACAUUAUCAAUGCAGCACGUAGAGCUAAUAUUCAUCAAUUUAUUGACCAAUUGCCUCAGGGUUAUGAAACAAAAGUAGGGUUGAAAGGAAGUUUUUUGUCAGGUGGUGAGAAACAACGUAUUGCUAUUGCUCGAAUUAUCCUUCGUCGACCUAAAAUAUUACUGUUAGAUGAAGCUACAAGUGCCAUGGAUUCAUAUAAUGAACAACUUGUACAAGAAGCUCUAGAACAAGCUCAGACAGAAGAUCCUAGUCGGACAUCACUUAUUAUUGCUCAUCGUCUUUCAACUAUUCGUUCAUGUGAUUCAAUUUGUGUACUUGAUAGAGGACAUAUAGUGGAAACUGGUACUCAUACAGAAUUGACACAACGACGCGGAGCUUAUUAUAAAAUGCUUCUUCAAAACAAUUUACAAUGA